AUGUCAAAGAUUAGGUCAACAUUGACACCGGAGCAGCUUCGAUUGUUUGAGAGGACAUGUAUCGGACAUCUUCUUCGAUUAUCAGAUAUCAAGUUUUCUGGAGUGUUGGUGCACUCAUUUUUGCUACGACAGCUAUAUCGGGGCUUCGAUAAAAAUGAGUUUUGGUUUAGAGUUAAUGGGGUUGACGUGAGAUUUAGCCCAUUCGAGUUUGCUUUGAUGACAGGGUUACCAUUCAGUCAGCUCACUACACUUUCAUCAUAUAUUCCCCAUGCAUCCAAACAUAGGAUUGGAGAUACCUACUUUCAAGGAUGUCAAAAAGUGCAGUAUCACGAUAUUGAGCGUGUUUUCUUGGCUAGGCCAUGGGGGGAUAACAAUAUCGAUGCCGUCAAAAUAGCGUUGUUGUAUUGUCUACACAUGGUGUUGCUAGGGAAUGAUCGACGCAAGAAGGUAUCUGCAGAAUACCUCCAGUUGGUUGAUCACUUGGAUGAGUUUAAUUCUUAUCCCUGGGGUGUUCCAGUGUGGCAGAUGACAUACGAGUCGAUGUCCCAAGCAAGUAACAGAUUAUGCUCCGGUUAG